CCCGCCCCGUCCGGCCGCGGCCUCCCUCGCUCCGCUACUCCCGCGCCCGCGACCCCCGGUGUUCCUGUCUCGUCUGUUUGCUGGGUCCGACCAUGGGCCCCACCGCUCGCCCCGCGCUGAGGUCGCCGCCGUCGCCGCCGCCUCCUCCGCCGCCAUCGCCGCUGUUGCUGCUGCUGCCCCUGCUGCCGCUUUGGCUGGGCCUGGCGGGACCGGGGGCCGCUGCGGAUGGCAGCGAGCCCGUUGCAGGGGCGGGGCGGGGCGGGGCCCGUGCUGUGCGGGUGGACGUGAGGCUACCGCGGCAGGACGCUCUGGUCCUGGAGGGCGUCAGGAUUGGCCCCGAGGCCGCCCCGGCGCCCCGGCUGGGCGGCCGCCUGCUGCUGAUGGAUCUCGUGGAUGCUGAGCAGGAGGUGCCCACGGAAGGCUGGAUUGCAGUGGCGUAUGUGGGCAGGGAGCAGGCGGCCCAGUUCCAUCAGGAGAGCCAGGGCAGUGGCCCUCAGGCCUAUCCCAAGGCCCUGAUCCAGCAGAUGCGGAGGGCGCUCUUCCUGGGAGCUUCUGCCCUGCUCCUCCUCAUCUUGAACCACAACGUGGUCCGAGAGCUAGACAUAUCCCAGCUUCUGCUCAGGCCGGUGAUCGUCCUCCAUUAUUCUUCAAAUGUCACCAAGCUAUUGGAGGCACUGCUACAGAGGACCCAGGCCACAGCUGAGAUCACCAGCGGAGAGUCCCUGUCAGCCAACAUCGAGUGGAAGCUGACCCUGUGGACCACCUGUGGCCUCUCCAAGGAUGGCUACGGAGGAUGGCAGGACUUGGUGUGCCUGGGAGGCAGUCGGGCCCAGGAGCAGAAGCCCCUGCAGCAGCUGUGGAACGCCAUCCUGCUGGUGGCCAUGCUUCUGUGCACAGGCCUCAUGGUCCAAGCCCAGCGGCAGGCAUCAAGACAGAGCCAGCGGGAGCCAGGAGGCCAGGUGGACCUGCUCAAGCGCCGUGUGGUGCGGAGACUGGCAUCCCUUAAGACUCGGCGCUGCCGGCUGGGCAGAGCGGCACAGGGUCCCCCGGAGCCUGGUGCUGAGACCUGUGCCGUGUGUCUGGACUACUUCUGCAACAAGCAGUGGCUCCGGGUGCUGCCCUGUAAGCAUGAGUUUCACCGAGACUGUGUGGACCCCUGGCUGAUGCUCCAGCAAACCUGCCCAUUAUGCAAAUUCAACGUCCUAGGUGAGCACCAAGGGUGGGGGCCGUUGGCUGGCUCCACCUGGUCCCCACCUGAUGCCUCCCUCCCUGUUCUUUUUCCUCCUCCCUGCAGGGAACCACUACUCAGAUGAUUAGCUGCCCCAGCUGGAUCUCUGCACACGUGAUGGGACCCCUCCCGCCUGCACCCUGGCCUUGGCCUGGGCUCUUGGAAUGGGACAGCAGAUGGUCAGGAGAGAAAGCCCUGUGGGUGAGGAGCAAGGUGCCCCACCCACCACAUCCACACUGGGAAGGAGGGGGUGACAACCCCUAGCUGAGGAUGCAGGACCUGGACCUGCUGGGACGAGAGGAAGACAGGCCCCUUUGGGGCCCUUCUGUGCAAUCGUGGGGUGUCUGUGUCUGCCCUCCUCGCAGGCAGCUCCCAGGACCAUGGGCAGGGGCCUGGGGAAAGAGGGUGUGUGGCAGUGCAGCUGUUCCCAGGUCUCUGCGAGCUCUCUGGCCUACUUGUCAGGACGUUCCAGGGGCUGAGGCUGCAGUGGCCAGGUUUUGUGCUUAUUUAUUGGGGGGGUGGGUCGGGUGAGGAACUGUUUGGCCUCGGGGGCACCUUGGCCUGACCAUCUUUUGGGACACGUCUUGGUCAGGCAGUGAUGUUAAACCCAGCGGCCUGCUGCCCUCGGUCUUUGGGCACUGGGAGCCACGGGUCCCACUGUCUGUCUAGCUGGGCUCCCUUCCUGGGCCUGGCUGGGACCAGAGGCCUUAGCAAACAUCCAGUCCUGUGCUCGGUGGGGCUCCGGAUCGCUGACCAGGAGACUUGAAGCCACAGGAUAAAUGUUAUGCAUCUUCCAGGAACAUUUUUUUUUUUUUAAAGAUUUGGGGUAGAGGAGGUUUAAUAUUAAAAUAAACAUGGAUAUAUUUUAACAUAAGUAAAA